GUGUGCGUCAACGUGUACGACCUGAGCGAGGUGAACGAGUACACGCGCCCGCUGGGGUUCGGCAUAUUUCACAGCGGCCUGGUGGUGCACGGGCGAGAGUUCUCGUUCGGUGGGCAUGACUACGCCUCGAGCGGCAUCUUCGAGACGGCCCCGAAGGCUGCGCCCGCUCCGGCGAUCUUCAGGGAGAUGGUGUAUGUCGGGACCACGGAGAUGAAUCCGGGGGAGGUUUCAAAUUUGGUGGGAGAUAUGGACGACGACUUUCACGGCAACACGUACCACCUGCUCGAGCGCAACUGCAACCACUUCGUGGAGGCGCUGUGCUUCGAGCUCACGGGGAAGAUGCCGCCGGGCUGGAUCAACAGGCUGGCGAGGACGGCGGUCGUCGCCAACUCGUGCGCGCCGUGCAUACUACCCGUGAGCAUACGGGCCGUCGCG